UUGCUGUCGAGCCCAUUUUCGUAUUAUUUUUGACACAGAUGUUGGUAGGUGCUAGCCGAAUAUGCAGAGUGAGUAUUUCAGUCGAGUGCGUGAAUUUACCCGCCAUUAAAGUUGGAGGCAAAAACACGGUUCAAGUGACUUGCGAGCAGAUCAGCGAUUCAAGUAGUUGCCAACUUAUAGGGGAGACAGAGCAGGUAAAGAGCACAUCAGAUCCUAGCUUUGCAACACCGUUUGUGGUUGAAUAUUGUUUUCAUCAACUGCAGUUGUUACAAUUUACGGUAUACCACUACUACAAGAGUGAGAAGUACGGCUUGGGCGUGGUAAGAUGCACGCUGGGCGAGCUGUUGAAGCUGCCUGCUGGCAAAGCCAACAAAAGGAUCGAGAUUCUGCCAAAGACAGAGCUCAAAAAGGAUCCCUUGAUGGUUAUUCGAGCCAGCGCAGUUACUUCUGGUACAUCGCUGACGUUGGAACUGUCCGCGUCAAAUUUAGAUAAGAAAGACUUGGGUCCAUUUGCCAAGUCUGAUCCAUAUUUGGAGCUCAGUCGUGAAGAGCCAGAUGGAACAAAAGCGCUUGUCUACCGAACUGAAGUAGUGCAUAAAACACUCAAUCCAACGUGGAUGCCUAUCACUGUACCAACUCAUUUGAUGUGCCGGUCUGACUACAAAGAGCCGAUCAUCAUUACGUGCUACGACUGGAACAAGAGCUCAUCGCCAAACCUUAUUGGAGAGAUUCGUACCACGGUCGAGCAGCUCUUUAAAGAGCGGUAUCAUUACUUCAUCAACCCUAAAAAGUGCAAAAAAAAAAACUAUCUGCACAGCGGUACACUGAAUGUCGUCAAAAUCGAAGAAUCGCAGUCUCAAUUGGAAACCACAUUCUUGGACUACUUGUCAGGGGAGUCGUACUUCUCACUCAUGAUAGGGAUAGAUUACACCAGGAGCAACGGGCCGCCGUCCGAGCCGACUUCUCUUCAUUACUGCAACCCCUGUGGCGUGCUCAAUCCAUAUUGUCAAGCAAUGUACAAUAUCGGCAACGUCCUCUUGCCAUACACGGCUGACAGCAUCGUCGAUAUAUACGGAUUCGGCGCUCUCCUCCCCGACGGCACCACUUCCCACUGCCUGGAAAUCACAAAGACCGCCGGCCAACAAGGCGUAGUCGGCAUCCACGCUGCUCUCUCUGCUUACUAUCAAAGUCUCACUUGGGUCACUUUGCACGGGCCCACUAACAUGGCACCCAUAAUUCGCAAGGCGGCCGACAAAGCGAGGACCUAUCAUUCAAAAAGCGCGCAACAAACGUACCUUGUGCUCCUUAUUCUAACGGACGGAGAUAUCGAUGACUCAUCUCAAACCACCGACGCCAUCGCCGCCGCUUCCUACCUUCCCAUGUCCAUCCUCAUCGUCGGUAUAGGUGACGAUGAUUUCAAAACGAUAAAGAAACUAGACGCUGACAGUUCUGAUUUCCAAACAACCAAAGUCCUGUCAAGAGAUAUUGUGACAUUUAUCGCUUUCAACACCAUCCAGUCUGUGCAACAACUUACUUCUAGCAUUUUAAGAAAAAUACCGUUUCAGUUUAUUUCCUAUAUGAAGCAAAACAAUAUCACACCAAAACCAAGAACGUGUUCUCAAAUUGUAAUCUCUCAACCAGAUUAUCAAUUGCCGCCCGUUCAACCCGACUACCGGUCGCCCUCUUCUCAACCGGACCAUAUGCCACCACCCUCACAACCCAGUUAUCAGCCGCCACCUUCGCAACCCAAUUAUCAGCCGCCACCUUCGCAACCCAAUUAUCAGCCGCCACCUUCACAACCCAAUUAUCAGCCGCCACCUUCACAACCCAAUUAUCAGCCGUCACCCUCACAACCCAAUUAUCAGCCGCCACCCUCACAACCCAAUUAUCAGCCGCCUCCUUCGCAACUCAAUUAUCAGCCGCCUCCUUCACAACCCAAUUAUCAGCCAUCUUCUUCUCAAAAAAUUUAUGACGCACCACCACCACCUCUUCAACAGCCCAGUCCUCAGUCCAAUUACCAACCUGCCUACGAUGCACUGUCUUCUCAGACUCCUCAUUCCUCAGCUCCACCCUCCCAACAACACAAUUCUCAGCUCAAUCUUCAACCCGCUUAUCAAUCGCCAUCUCUUCAAUCCACUUACCAACCACCACCCUCUCAACCCGCCUAUCAAUCACUACCUGUUCAGCCCCCUUACCAACCGCCAUCCUCUCAACUCGCUUACCAACCGCCACCGUAUCAACCCACUUACCAACCACCGCCUUACCAACCGCCCUCUUCUCAACCUGCUUACCAACCAUCGCCCCUUCAAAACACUUACAUGCCCCACUACUCUUCACCCCAAUUCGCCAACCAACGCUCCGCCCUGCAACAACCUGUUCCCCCUCAAGCUCACAGCGUCCCGGUCGCAUCUUACCAGCCUUCUCCCGUCCUCUCCACACAACAACCCUCUUCUCAACAACAACAAUUGCACUGUCAAACCGCCACGCAUCCCUACUCCUCUGCUAUCCCAAACCCACAGCCCGGACAACCCCAUUACGGCUACUCCCCCUCCACCUUCAACACCGUCCCUCCUAAACCAGUACCUUGUCCCGUCCCGCAAUCCGCAUACACAAUGCCUCCUCAACCCAACGCCCAAAUCCCCCUUACACAACCCAACUUCCAACUAAACCACAUCCCGCAACCCUAUCCAAUGUCCAAUCCUCAGUCGAUUUACGUCGUCCAACCUCAGCCCGACCCACCAACUGCUCAAGCUCCCGGCUCAACCGCGCCCUCAUCAUCCAAAAAAUCAGACAAGUCCAAAAAAAAGAAUUCCCGGAAAUUUUACCCAGGACAAUACUACAACCACAAUAAAUGAGACUCACC